AUGAGUGCUCCACUCGACCAGGACAUGUACGCUGUGGCAGAGGCCCACCAGCCCAGCGUCGUCGACACCAGUGCAACAGAGAAAGCUGCUCUGGCAAAGGAGCAUGAUGUUACAUCUUCGCUGCCUGACGAAGAUGGCCGUGAGCCAACAGAGCAGGAGCUCAAGACGCUCCGCCGUGUCAGUGGAAAGAUCCCAUGGACAGCCAUGACCGUCACCUUUAUCGAGUUCUGCGAACGUUUCUCCUACUAUGGAACAACUGCAGUCUUCGUCAACUUCAUCCAACAGCCGCGACCAUUCGGCUCGCGCACUGGAGCUGUAGUUGAGAGUUCAUCGUGUUACGAUGCACCCGGCUGGAGCAAGGACGCCUGUCUACAAGCUGGUGGUCUCGGCCAGGACCAGCAAGCUGCCACCGGUCUUACCACUUUCAACCAGUUCUGGGCCUACAUCAUGCCCCUCGUCGGUGGUUACGUUGCUGAUACCUACCUCGGUCGUUACCUCACCAUCCAGUACUCCAUCGCAUUCGCCAUUAUCGGUCACAUCAUUCUUAUCUGCUCCUCUAUCCCUACCGUCAUGGACAACCCCAAGGGCGCGCUCGGAUGCUUCGUCGCUGGUCUCAUCAUCAUGGGUAUCGGAACCGGUGGUUUCAAAGCCAACAUCUCGCCACUUCUCGCUGAACAGAUUCCCCAAACUCGACCGGCUGUCAAGACCCUGAAGAGCGGCGAGCGCGUCAUCGUUGACCCCCAAGUCACCUACUCCCGCAUCUACCUCUACUUCUACAUGAUGAUCAACGCUGGAUCCCUCAGUGGAGGUAUCGGUAUGGUCUACGCUGAAAAGUACAUUGGUUUCUGGCUCUCCUACGCGCUCCCGACCUUCAUGUUCUUCUUCGCACCCAUCGUCCUCAUCGUCUGCAAGAAGAAGUACAUCCUCGCACCGCCUACCGAAUCCGUCCUUUCCAAGUCGUUCAAGGCCCUCAGGCUCGCCAGCAAGGGAUGCUGGUCCGCCAACCCAGUCGCUACUUACCGCAACUUCCAACGCGAGGACUUCUGGGACCGCAUCAAGCCCAGCCACCUUGGAGCCAGCGCCCCAGCAUUCCUCCAAGGUGUCGAUGAUGUGUGGAUUGACCAAGUCGCACGUGGUUUCAACGCCUGCAAGGUCUUCUUCUGGAUGCCGCUCUACUGGCUCGCCUACAACCAGAUGGUGAACAACCUCACGUCUCAAUCCGCGACUCUCCAGCUCAACGGUGUACCCAACGACUUGAUCAACAACUUGAACCCGCUAACCCUCGUCAUCUUCAUCCCCAUCAUCGACAAGUUCGUCUACCCCGCCAUCCGCAAAACCGGCUUCCAAUUCACGCCCAUCAAGCGUAUUGCAUGGGGUUUCUUCAUCGCCUCAGCCGCAAUGGUCAGCUCCGCCGUGCUCCAAUACUACAUCUACGAGCUCUCCCCUUGCCCCAGGACCGAAGUCAACAGCUCCGCCGCCUGCAAAGCCCCCAUCAACGUCUGGGUCCAAGCCGUCCCCUACUGCCUCGUCGCCUUCUCUGAAAUUUUCGCUUCCGUCACUUCCCUCGAAUACGCCUUCACAAAGGCCCCCGAGAACAUGCGUGGUCUUGUUAUGGGCGUUAACCUUGUGCAAAACGCCUUCUCUGCCGCCCUCGGUCAGGCUCUCGUUCCGCUUGCAGAGGACCCCCUUCUGAUCUGGAACUACACCGUCGUUGCUGUCUUGGCAUUCGUCGGUGGCAUUGGCUUCUGGUUUACAUGGAGGGGACUUGAUGCCCGCGAGGACGAACUCAACAUGAUUGAGGAGUCGACCUACAAGGGUCGUGCGCCAGUCACCGAGACUGAGCGCGAUCAUGCCCAUUCUUAG